GUCACAGUUUCCAACAAUUUUUGCUUUCUUGAGUGUCGUCUUUUCUAAUUCUGAAUAGCUUGAGGAAUAAAAAUACUUGUGUUUGUGAUUAUUUUAGAAUUGUGCUGUUCGGUCUACCUACAAAAUGGCUCUAAAAGCGCUUGUUGGACAAAAAAUUAUGAAUGAGGUAAUCCGGUACCGACCAAAGGGUAAAGAGAUCCCAAAGGUGGAAUGGCGCAUCCUGAUUGUGGAUCAGCUAUCAAUGCGGAUGGUGUCUGCUUGCUGCAAGAUGCAUGACAUCAGCGCUGAAGGGAUCACAUUGGUAGAAGACAUCCACAAGAAACGGGAGCCACUCUAUACUAUGGAUGGUAUUUACCUAAUCACUCCUUCCGAGAAGUCUGUGCAUGCUCUUAUAAAUGACUUCUCAGUGGGCAACCGUAUUAUGUAUAAAGCUGCACAUGUAUUCUUUACUGAAGUGUGCCCCGAAGAGUUGUUCAAUGAACUCUGCAAGUCUUCGGCGGCUAGGAAGAUUAAAACAUUGAAGGAAAUCAACAUCGCAUUCUUGCCUUAUGAAAGUCAGGUGUUCUCGCUGGAUUCUCCAGAGACAUUCCAAUGCAUGUACAACCCGGCGUUGACUCAGACCCGCAACGCUAACAUGGAACGUAUCGCCGAGCAGAUAGCCACGCUGUGCGCCACACUCGGAGAGUAUCCAUCGGUGAGAUAUCGCAGUGAUUGGGAACGGAAUGUGGAGCUGGCUCAACUCAUCCAACAAAAGCUUGACGCUUAUAAGGCUGACGAGCCAACGAUGGGUGAGGGUCCAGAGAAGGCUCGGUCACAGCUGCUCGUGUUGGACCGUGGCUUCGACUGCGUGUCGCCGCUACUUCAUGAGCUCACGCUGCAAGCGAUGGCGUACGAUCUGCUUCCCAUCGAGAAUGAUGUCUACAGGUAUGACGCUCAAUCUCAAGGCAACAUGAAGGAAGUGCUCCUGGACGAGAACGACGAGCUCUGGGUGGAGCUCCGACACCAGCACAUCGCAGUCGUCUCAACAUCCGUCACCAAAAACCUGAAGAAGUUCACCGAGUCCAAGCGUAUGGGUGGUGGUGAUAAACAGUCUAUGCGCGAUCUAUCGCAAAUGAUCAAAAAGAUGCCGCAAUACCAGAAGGAGCUGUCAAAGUACGCGACCCAUCUGCGUCUCGCCGAAGACUGCAUGAAGGCCUAUCAAGGAUACGUGGAUAAACUAUGCAAAGUCGAACAGGAUCUUGCUAUGGGUACCGACGCUGAAGGAGAGAAGAUAAAGGAUCAUAUGAGAAGCAUUGUACCAGUACUGCUAGAUCAGUCCGUGAAGAACUACGACAAGAUGCGCAUAAUCGCGCUGUACAUAAUGUCUAAGAACGGCAUCUCGGAGGAGAACCUCAACAAGCUGGUGACGCACGCGCAGCUGGAGCCUUCUGACAAGCAGGCGCUUCUGAACCUGGCGAACUUGGGACUCAACGUCGUCGUUGAUGGCAACAGAAAGAAGCAAUACCAAGUGCCCCGCAAAGAGAGAAUCACUGAACAGACAUAUCAGAUGUCGCGUUGGACACCAGUGAUCAAGGACAUUAUGGAGGAUGCCAUCGAAGACAAGCUGGAUCAGCGCCAUUUCCCAUUCCUUGCUGGUCGUGCGCAGACUUCUGGAUAUCAAGCUCCGACCAGUGUUCGUUACGGGCACUGGCACAAGGACAAAGCCCAACAGACCAUCAAGAACGUGCCCCGUCUAAUUGUCUUUGUUGUCGGAGGUGUGUGUUUCUCGGAGGUGCGUUGCGCUUAUGAGGUAACCGCCGCCCUUAAGAACUGGGAGGUGAUCAUCGGAGCUUCCCACCUGCUCACCCCUGACAACUUCCUUUCAGACCUCAGCUCUCUUACUGCCUAAGUGCACUUCAAGUAUGUUCCAGUUUUCCUUGCCUUCGCUAGUACCUAAGCGUUCACGAUAUAACAAAGCGAAACAGUUUAGUAGAUAAUGUUUUCCAUUUGGAUUUCAAGAUUUCAAUAGUCUGUGGUUAUAUUAUAUGUCUGGUAGUAAUAUGUAUAAGUAAUAAAUAAAAAUGGUUAUUACUGAACAAAUUAUUAGUUAAAGUUCGUUGUUUGUGUCUAGAUCCUAGAUCCAAAUCAUGAUUUAAUGAAAUUAGUAUGUUGCGUAUGAGAAAUAGUACCUAUAAUUAAAUACAGCGUGGCGCUAUUAUGGCGACAUUAAAUGAACACACGGGUAGAAUAGGUAGCUAUCUAACCUUAAUAGUAAAAAACUAAGAUUUAAAGUAAAUUUUAUCAACAAAACAAAAUUUUAAUCCUUACGUGUUUCGAAAGACUGUAUGAAGAAGGUAUCAGUGCCUACGCUAGCACGCGGCUACUAGUUUCUUACAGGUUGAUCCGAAACGAUAUUAUGGAAAAUUGAUUUAUUUAUGUGUAUUUUAUUUUUGAAUAUUUUUUUAAGAUCACGGUUAAGUAAGUUGUUCUACUCGUGUGUUUAUUUAUAUUAUUUAUAAAAUAUAUUACGCAGUUAAUUAAUUUAUUCCCUUCAAUGGUAGUUUAAUGGCGAUUUCGACAUUAUAUCGGUUGCAAUAUAUAAUGUGGAUGUGUAAUAAGCAAUUAUUCGUAUUGUGUGAUAUUAUAGUAAAAUUAAUGGUCAUAGGCCGGUCGUAAAAUAAUAGUUAGCGACCGUAAAUGGCCUCACCUGUUUUGCUUCUUAGAUGUAAAAGACUCAAUAUGGGGAACGAAUGCAAGGCCAUAAGUACAUAUUAGGAAAUUAAAAAACUCCAAAGAUAAUUUCAAGUAUUUAUACAAAGAGGUUUUGUAUUUAUUUUAUACCAAGUGGCGCAGUUAAAAUUACGAGCAAAUGCUUUCAAGUAUUCAGAAAGCUAUGAAAAUUUUACUUUGUCUUAUAUGCGUUUUGAUCAAGAAGUGUCCUAAUAAGAGACAGUUCAAGUAAGCUGGAAUUAAUGCUCGAGCACUUUUUAAAUAAAAAAAAAAGAAUAUAGAUCCUAAUAUGUGUAGUAUGUCCAUCGACCAUAUAAUCGAUAGACACCUAAUAAACGGUGAACGAUUUGAGAGACCACUGGAGUCCCAAUAUAAUAUAAACACAAUAAUAUAUUAUUCCGUAACUAUUUAUUACAUAUAUCAAAAAAAAUUACAUACUAAAGUUUUUAGAUAUGAAUAAUAUUAUAGAAUCAAAACUUAUAACUCAAGCGUGUAUUUUGCCACUUAAAUCAAAUUAGCUAUGUAUGAUCUUGACUCUAGACCUUGAUUUUCGAUUUAAAUCCGUUUUUCUACUUACUUAUAAUAAAUAUAAAAGUAUAUUGACUGGUUUUAACAAUUCGAAGUAUCUGUUAUUCUAUCGCAUCCCAUUUAGAUUAUGUUUGCCUAAUAUUAAUUAAUCGUCGGUACUUUUGCAGUUAAUUAUAAUAAUUUUAUUCUUAUUACAUUAGACUGUAGGCAAAAAUAUUCAUCAAAUGAAUUUGAUAGGCGCGUAAUAUGUGUAUGCAAAUUUAAAAUAUUCACAUUUUAUUUAGCUGCAAAUUUUCGCCUUCUCUAGUACUGAUUAGGUACUUUUUUGCGAAUAAUUAUAUUAUUAAUUAUAUAUCGCAAAAUUGUGACUUAGGUAGGUAAUAAUAUCGCUUACUUUGAAGAGAGACAGUUUAGCGAUUGUUGCAAAGAUUUCUGACUAUUGUUUAUAUACAAUUGAGGUAAAUUCGUAUGAUUUCGAUCGAAAUUAUUAGUACAUUUGUAGUACUUAUUCGUUACUAAUUAAAGAGUUUAUUGUUUGCAUGUAAGUUUGUUUGUACAUUCCGUACAUGAGUUUUUUAAGCAAAUGUUACUUUUAAAAUGCUUUAAAUAUAAUCUUAAUAAUUUAUUUUGAUGUAUUUCGUUUUAUAAUUAUUAUAAAAUUGUUGUAAUUGUAAGAUAUUCUAUUCAAGUUUAAUAUAAAGGUAAUACAAUAAUAUGUUAUCUUUACAUACAUAGCUGAUAGUAACAUUAUGUGCAAUUAUGUAGAAAUAUUCUACCGUUUGUUAGUAAAGUUCCAGUAUUCAUCGUGUAAUGACUUUAUUAUUUAAAUAUAUUUAAAAUUAACUCAUUAAA